AUGCAUCUUCUUGGUUUUCUAGCAAUUGCUUUGUUCGGCACUACUUUUGCCCUGCCUGCUGAGGGUUCCGGCACUUCUUCUGAUCUCGCGGGUCCAAGUUCGACUUCCGUUUCAUGGAGCAGUACAUUUCCUACGCCUAGAGAGCCGAUUCCUGUUGGUAUCAAGCCUCGCCCUACUGCCUCGUCGGUAGCUUCCGAUCAGGCCUAG